AUGGCUCCCUUUGCAGAAGCAGCCACCGAAGUGUUUCGCCAGUCGAUUGAACUUGCUCUCAGGCACGUCCCCCUUCCACAAGACAAGGACGAGCACGACGAUGACGAACCCCCGGUGUGUAGCAGUGGUAACGAGUACGAUGGGCGCAUGGGUGUCCGUAUCUCGUCCAUUUUCGUCAUUAUGGUCGGGGGUGGUAUCGGGGUGUUUUUCCCCAUCUUGCUGAGUCGAUACUCGGCUAUCCGCAUGCCGUGGUGGUGCUUCUUCAUCGCCAAGUUCUUCGGGUCCGGGGUUAUCGUCGCCACCGCAUUCAUCCAUCUUUUGGACCCCGCCGUGGAGGCCUUGGGCAACGAGUGUCUCACCGGGCCCGUCACCGAGUACCCGUGGGCGAUCGCCACCUGCUUGAUGAUGAUUUUCUUGAUGUUCCUUAUUGAAAUUAUUGCCUAUGGUCUCUCCAACGAACACCGCCAGGAAGGGGGCCACACCCACUCCCAUUUCGGCGCCGAAGACUUGUACGUUCGUGGCGCUGGCAUGGAGAAGGGCGCUAUCGACAAGGUUGACAAGGACGACCUGAGCGAGUUCCUGGAUAACCACGAUAACACCGUCCCCGCCCCGCAACUGACGGCGCCGCAAGACGCUUUCACCAAGCACUACAGCCACGCCGACAACCACCAAGACCACGAAAUCCUCGGCACUCCCGCCGAAGACAUCUCCAAGGAAAAGUACGCUGGCUCGCUUAUCGGUAUCUUCUUCCUUGAAUUCGGUAUCUUGUUCCACUCGGUGUUCACCGGGUUGGCGUUGGCUGUCGCUGGUGAUGAGUUCAUCACCCUUUACAUCGUGCUUAUUUUCCACCAAAUGUUCGAAGGGUUCGGUUUGGGGCUGAGAAUUGCCACCACCAACUGGGGUAAGCACCGCUGGACCCCCUGGGUGUUCGCCGCCGCCUUUGCCUUGGUCACCCCCGUCGCCAUCGCCAUUGGUCUUGGGGUGCGUAAGAGUUACGCUCCUGGGUCGAGAACGGCGCUUCUUGUCAACGGGGUGUUUGACGCGUUGCUGGCGGGGGUUUUGAUUUACACUGGUCUCGUCGAGUUGAUGGCUCACGAGUUCUUGUUCUCGCUGGAGUUCAAGGGGCCGAACGGCUUCCGCAAGAUGUUGUGGGCGUACUUUAUUAUGUGUUGGGGUGGUGGGUUGAUGGCCUUGUUGGGUUACUGGGCUUAA